AUUUGACUUAUUUUACAAGGAUCGCGAUGAUAAAAUAUUAGCCAGUGAAUUAAAAGUUAGUUUUCAUUUUAACUCUCCAAACAUUUACUCAAGAUUAGAUGAUCGAGAUGAGAUGGACUACAAAAAAAUCAAUUUUAAUUUUGUAAUAAGGCAUACAUCUUCACAUAGUAGGACUUUUUUAAAAAUUUUCUAAACAAUCGUCCAUAUCAAAUUAAAGAGUAUUCAUUUUGAGAUCAAAUAUUUUAGUCUAUUGGAUACUCGGUAUCGAUCUUGAUUGAUACUGUUUCUCUGUUGCAUUUUAGGAUAUGAUGUUGAAUUUGGGUGAAAAAUUAACAGAUGAGGAUAUAAAAGAUAUGAUUGACGAAGCAGAUACUGAAGGUAAUGGUUCUGUGAGUCGAAAAGACUUUCAACGAUUGAUGCAAGCACCCGCUCUAGCAAAUCAACAACUGACUAAAAAACAAAAAAUAAAAAAAAAGAAGACUAAACAAAAGAACCAAUACAACAUCGACUAA